AUGCGACUUGUUCUCAUCGCAUGUGCAAGAGGACAUUUGGACAUUGUUGAGUAUAUGCAUCGACAUCCAAAGAAUGAGAAUGGUGCAUUCCACACUGAUAAUGUAAGGGUGGCAAUCAAGCAUGGCAAUUACCACAUUGCCAAGUUUCUGCUUCGCAAUCGGAAGGAGGGAUUCCACUAUAAUGCAUUAAUGGAAGCCGUCAAGUGUCCCGAUUUGGAGCUGAUUACAAUUUUGGCUGAGAGAUGGUCUCCCAAUGGCGCCAAGGACAAGCUCAUAGAUCUGGCUUGUGAAUCAUCUCAUUCUUCCGUUGAGACUGUAGAACUUUUGAACAGGCUUGGAUAUGGAUGCACCAAGGCAGCAAUGCACAAUGCAGCUAUCAAAGGUAACUUGUCUCUGGUCAAGUACCUCAACCACAACAGAACAGAGGGUUGCCAAACAGAUUCAAUGUUGGCCGCGUUGGAGAAUGGACAUUUUGAAGUUGCCAUGUACUUAGACCAGCAUCGACAUGAGACUACAAUUGUUCGGCAUCUAGACGCUGUGGCUCGCAACCAUUCUCUCGAAUCACUCAAAGUGGUGCUUGCGGCCAAAGAUUGUGAUGAUGCAAUGGUAGCCUUAACCAGCGAUGCUAUGCUUGCACAGCGCAUCGACAUGUUAGAGUACCUUCACAGCCAUCACUCUCUUCCAUACUCAUUGGCAUGCAUGGAGUUGGCAGCUAUUCAAGGAAAUCUCCACAUCAUUCAGUUUCUCAUUAGCCAAGGAUUGUUGGCAAAUGGACGUGUGUUCGAUUUGGCUGCGCGAAACGGACAUCUUUCGAUUGUUGAAUAUCUUCACCGCCAAUAUCCAGAGAUCGAAUGUACAACUGGUGCCAUGGAUGGUGCUGCUUUGUUUGGCCAUUUCACCACCACCGCACAGAGGGCUGUACCAAUCUUGCAAUGA